ACCAACGUUGACAUUGUUAACUAUAAACAGAACUAUGUAUGCCUUCGUCUAAUUGGCAGUAAAUUAAUUUUAUAUCCAGAGGCUUUUUAAAUAACAGGCUAUAAUCAUAAAAAGCGCUAUUUUCACAAAAUGUAUACUCAAACCGGUACAUGUUGUAAAAUAGUUUCUUAACAAUAUUUUAUUUCGUUUACAAGUUCAAGUAGUUAUAUACGUGUAAAUACUCUGUACUACGCUUUUUAUAAUUUUAAAUAAAAACAGUGUACUUUCAGAAUAACAAGGAUGAAGUGGUUUACGCAAAUAUUUGGAUUUUUCUCAUUCAUAAUGGUAUUGUUUAUGAUUUUGAGUUUUAAAUGGAGCCAAGACGACGACUCCCGUAUUGAAAUUAACAACCAAAGACUAAUCAAAUGUAUAGAAACACUAGAAAAUCUGCGGUUAGCCAAUGAUAAAUUAAACGCUGAAUUGGCCAAGUUGAACGAAAAAAUAAAAAUCCAGCAGAGUAAAAAAAAAUUGAAGGACAAUGAACAAAUCGCUCCAUCAAAAGAAUACGAAGUUCUACGACGCCGUAUUUUUUCGAACACUAAAGAAUUUUGGUACUUUAUCAAUUCUGAGUUAGAUUCAUUGGUUAAAUCGACGAUAGAUGUAAAACAUAUUCAUAAUUUAAAAAAUAUGGUCGGUGAACACUAUCGGUCUUUAUUAAAAGACGUUUCCACUUUGGCUGAAGUCGACAACUAUUCGAGAUGGAGACAACAGGAAUCUGAAACUUUAAGUGAUUUAGUUCAAAACAGAUUAGAAGAAUUACAAAACCCACCCAAUUGGUUCACAGCAAAACAGCUACUUUGCAAACUUGAAAAGGGGUGUGGUUUCGGUUGUCAAUUACACCAUAUCGUAUAUUGUUUUAUCGUUGCGUAUAGUACUCAAAGAAUGCUAGUCCUAGACUAUAAACAUUGGGUAUAUGGUGACAUAUGGCAAGAGAUUUUCCUUCCAUUAAGUGACUCGAAAACUUUGUUAAAAAACGUAUCAAUUGAUCAAUGGCCAGGUAAUCAAGACUCUCAAAUAAUUCAUUUACCACCAGUUGAUUAUGUUUACCCAAAGCCAUAUUUUUUACCACAAAUAAUACCUGAUGACUUGGCUGAACGGUUAACUGUCUUGCAUGGAGAUCCUAUUGUCUGGUGGAUAGGUCAGAUUGUUAAAUACUUGCUCCGCCCGCGAAAAUCAACUAUUUAUCUUUUAAAUGAUUACGCAAAAAAACUCGAAUUCCAAAAACCGAUCGUCGGGGUACACAUUAGGAGAACAGAUAAGCUCAUCAGUGAAGCUCAAUUACACACUCUAGAUGAGUACAUGGUUCAUGUCGAAAAUUAUUAUAAACAAAAAGAGCUGAGUGGUGAAGUUAAUCAAAAAAGAAUUUAUUUAGCUACAGAUGAGCCAAUAUUAUUCGAUGAGGCCAAACGCAAGUAUCCCGAAUACGAAAUAGUGGGUUCUGAUGACAUAUCUAAAACAGCGUCCUUGAGAAAUCGAAACUCUAAAAACGCUUUACAAGGUUUAAUUGUUGAUAUACAUUUUUUAUCACUCAGUGACCACUUAGUUUGUACUUUCUCGUCACAGUUAUGUCGAAUAGCUUAUGAGAUAAUGAACAGUCUCUAUCCCGAUGCAUCAACUCGGUACACAUCAUUAGACGACAUAUACUAUUUUGGUGGUCAAAACUAUAGGUUAAACGAAGCAGUGCUCUCCCAUAAGACUAACAACCAAUACGAAAUAGAUCUACAAGUAGGAGAUCAGAUCUAUGUAUUCGGUAAUCAUUGGAAUGGUUAUUCAAAAGGAAAGAAUUUAAGAACAAAACUUAUAGGUCUUUAUCCUACAUUUAAAGUUAUUCCGAAAAUCCAAUCGGCAAAAAUUACAGGUAAUGGAGUAAAAAUAUCACAAGAUAUCAAAAAUAAAAAGAAUGCAGUGUAAAAGGCUGUUCCUGCCGGUAGUGCAUGCAGUUAAAUGAGAGUAAAAUAUACUUACAAUUUAUGAAACCAAUAAUUCAAAGAAACAAUUUUAUUUUGCAUAAAAAUCAUAUAAGGGUUAAAGGAUAUUCAAUACGUUAGAGAAUAUUUGAAAAUGAAAAACAAUAUUUUUGUUACGUAUUAUUUUUUUAUACUAUUUAUACACCAAUUAAUUGUUAUUGUAAACAAAAUAAAAUAAAUUCAAACAUUUUAAAUUGUUAUUGUAAACUAAAAUAAUUAAAUAAAUUUAAACUGAAUAA